AUGCUACCCCGGUCAUUCCGCGCAGCUGCGCACUCCUGCAUCAGCACACGUGACGAGACAUCCGCGCUUUUGGAGCGCUUUGGACACCACGCCGUUCAAAGACGGAGGAGUUCUGUUCUUUCGAACGAUUGGCGAACGCCAAGAAGCAUGUAUCGUCUACCUACAACCAGCACCACCAACACCACCAGCACGUAUCCCGAGCUUUUGCAGAGUACCGGCCAUGGGAGCUGGAACUUGGCAGAGUACACCAAGGCCAUCAGCAGCUCCUCCAAGGCCAAGAAGUGGCGACUGGCAUUGUGCCUGUUCCUUGGCAUGGCCACUGCCAGGCUUCAGCCCAACGUCAUCAGCUACAAUGUUACGAUCAGCGCUUUGGAGAAGGGUCAGCAGUGGCAGUUGGCACUUAGUGUGUUGGACUGCAUGCCCAAAGCCAAAGUCGCUGCAGAUCUCAUCAGCUACAAUGCUACCAUCAGCUCUUGUGAGAAGGGUAGCAGAUGGCAGCUGGCGCUUGCUUUCUUCUACGACCUGCCGAAGAACAGACUAUUGGCCGAUGUUGUUAGCUACAACGCGACCAUCAGCUCCUGUGAAAAGUCGGGCCAUUGGCAGCUGGCUCUUCUCCUGUUUCGCAGAGCCGAAGGACAGGUUGAACCGGAUGCCACGACGUACAAUGCCACGAUCCUGGGGUUCGGAGUACCAUACUUUAAUAUUUUUUCUUAA